UAACUUUAGCCAAAAAUCAAUCAAUUACAUCUCUCUUUCUCUUUCUAUUUCUCUCUCUUUUUUCUUUCUUUCUUUCUUGUACAAUACAUAUCAUCAUUAUAUACAUCUUUUUUUUUUCUUUAGAGUGUGGCUCUGACUUCUUCACUUGGUUUAUCAACCAUUCAUAAUCUGUUUCUGGGUUUUACUCUUAUAUCUCUGAUUCUGGUUCUCUUGGAUUCUAUUCACUAGAAGGAGCCUCCAAGCUGGGAAAUAAUAUCAAACAUCUGAAUCCCAUAUUUUUGUGUUUGUGUUGCUAAUUGAGGAAAUGGGGGGUGUAGUAGGGAAGAGUGAAUCACCUAAAAAAGCAUGUACAUCUGAAACAAAGCUUGACUCCAAAUUAGUUGGAGUGAUGCAGCAGAGAGCAACUCAAGGAAGUUCCAUGAAAUCUUUUGAUAGCAUAAUCUUAAAGUUCCCUAAGAUUGAUGAGAGCUUGAGGAAUUGCAAGGCUACUUUUCAGCUCUUUGAUGAGGAUUCCAAUGGCGCAAUCGACCAAGAAGAGAUGAAAAAAUGUUUCCACAAGCUGGGAAUAUCCUUCACAGAAGAGGAAAUGAGUGAUUUCUUCAAAGCCUGUGAUUUCAAUGAGGAUAAGGGAAUAAAGUUCAAUGAGUUCAUAGUUCUUCUCUGCCUUGUUUAUCUACUCAAGGAAGAUCAAGCUACACUUCACACUAAACUGAAAAGUGCAAUGCCGAAAUUGGAGGCGACAUUCGAAACAUUGGUGGAUGCAUUUGUGUUCUUGGACAAGAACAAGGAUGGUUAUGUGAGUAGGAGUGAAAUGGUUGAGGCCAUUAAUGAAACUACAUCAGGGGAACGCUCCUCAGGCCGAAUAGCAAUGAAGAGAUUUGAGGAGAUGGAUUGGGAUAAGAAUGGAAUGGUCAACUUCAAAGAAUUUCUCUUUGCAUUUACCAGAUGGGUUGGAAUUGAUGAGAUGGAUGAGGAAGAAGAAGAAGGUGGUUGUGGUUCAUAAUUGUAUAUAUGCAUGUAUGUAUGUGGAUUGAAUGCUUUGAGAAGACAAAUUUAGUAACCACACAAACUUUUAGUUGGGAAUAUACCAUUUUAGUUUAUAUGUUUAAGCCAAAUACUACAUUUGUCUCUCAAUUUAAAAAAAAACAAAUUAAAAUAACUUGCAGGUUAAUUUUAAUUGUUUUGAGAAUCUAAAGACAAUUGUAGUAUUUGGCAUUAAACUUGAGAGAACAAAAUAGUAUAUUCCUACUUUUUCUUUGUGCUUUUCAUAAUAAUUCUUCUUCUUCUUCUGCUUAUAUUGGAUAUGUAUGUGUAGAGCUUGUAAUUUCAGUCUCAGUGUAAAUACUCUCAACCUAUUUCAUGUAUAGAAUAAUGGGUUUAUACAUUUUUUGACCCGUUUUGAUAAA